GGAAAUAUUUCAAAUGUUUACAAAUGUUUGAUUUGAGGUUAAUAAUUUUCAUCAUUUGAUGAUAAAUACACUCAGCACUCCAACAACACGAAAUCGCAAAACAAAUUUGUUACUUUUCGCGUAAAUAUUUAGAAAUGGGAUACCCGGGUUGCGAUUACCACAUGUUUUGGGAGUUUUCAUCAACGACAUGGAAUGGCCUCACAACUGCCUUAGACGGAAAUUUGCAGGUGAUAUUUUUGUAUAUGCUCGCAGUCGGUUUCAUGGAGCUAAUAUACAACUAUAAGCAGAUUUACCUUUUGUUAACCAUGGAGGAUAUUUCAGAGGUCUCCUGGCCCCAGACAAAUUGGUUUACCGUAAGCGACAAGAUGCUGCAUCACUGCUGGAUCGCUAGCAGCUUGGCAAUGGUCGCUUUAUGGAACUAUCUUCUAUAUGCCUUUCUUUGGGUCAAGCCGGAGUUCCUCUAUCGAUGGCAGGUAAUGUACGGAACCACGAUUAUAGCCGAUGUCGUGUGCUUGGCCCGUGCUCGCUGGGCGAUCCGCUCUGGCGUUUGGGUCGCCUAUCUGUUGCCCCUCUGGCAUAUCUUCUGUGUGAACAGCUUGCGGACUUACACAGAGCAGCAGGUCAUCAAUAACGACAGCACUUACUUCUACACAAGACUGUUCCACAUUCCAUCAUUCCUAUUGCAGCUGGUUCGCUGAUUCCCGCUUUUCGAUGGCUCCAUUCUCCAAAUUCAAACUUUCUUUGAUUUUGUUGAGCACCUUUUGGAAAAGUACAGAAAUCAAAUUGUUCAGUUUGCGUUUAAACUAAAGCUGUAGACCAAAAUGGUUGCAUGGUCUGUUUCCACGUUGCACGGCCAGUUAUUCGGCGGCAUUCUUCAAGCCUCGUUGGAGAUAGUCCAAAAAAACAUAUACUCAUAUAUAUAUGUGGGGCAUUUACAUGACUGCCUGAUGUGUGGGUGUUUUGCGUGUAAGCGCUGACUAAGCCAACUCAUGCAAGUUGGGUUUCUGUGAAUGGAUUUACGUGGAAGGUACAUGGAAGGACAACACCACAUGUGCAGCUGCAACAACUUGUGUGGCCAACGUGUUGAAACUAAAAGGAUUUUAAAAGCCACCAAAAGUGACGGGAAAGUUGAUCUACACCAAUGAGAUGGGGCUAUAUCCGGACUACGUUAUGCACCAGGGAAGACUUCCAAACAACAUCAAUCAUGGGUCUAUCUUUUGUAGACUAAACCUGAGCCUCUAUUAAAAGUACCUUCAAAGUCUUAA